AGUGAGGACGCGGCGUGGGGCGGGCCCUGACGCGGAAGGGGCGGUGCCGCUGUUGCGCGCCGUGGCGGCCUGUGUGCAGUAGCCGGUUCCGGAGGAGGGUCCAACCCGGCUAGGUGGGUGGGGAGUGUGGCUGUUAACCUGGCAGCCGCGGAGAGGUGGGUGACGGGCCUGGGCUAACUGAGUAGCCGGCGCAAUCAGACUUUGACAUCCGUUUUUAGGGUGCCCUUUAAAAGUGGCGGAGUCGUCUCCCAAACCUGGUUCGGGCAGCCUCUUUUUCGCUCCGGACUUCCAAUGUGUCUGGUCUUCCCUACUUCCUGGCCCUCAGCUUCACGAUUUGGAGUUCUUGGAGUGAGGGAAAAGCCUUUUGUUACAGCACACAGUAGAGAAGAUUAUAAAUGGCAGAGCCAUUUAACUGUGGUUAGCUGUUGGAUUCUGAUACUUUCUUAAAAAUACCUUCCUGCACCAACAUCUUCAUUGGAAACAGUUCAGAAAAAGCAGAGGAGAGAGACAACUUUCACAUUUACCAUGGCUAUACCAAUAACAGUGCUUGACUGUGACCUCUUGCUGUAUGGCCGUGGUCACCGGACAUUGGACCGUUUUAAGCUGGAUGAUGUGUCUGAUGAAUACUUGAUGUCCAUGUAUGGGUUUCCGCGACAGUUCAUUUAUUACUUGGUGGAGCUCUUGGGGGCGAAUCUUUCCAGGCCUACUCAGCGAUCCAGGGCUAUUAGCCCAGAGACACAGAUCCUUGCAGCAUUGGGUUUUUAUACCUCAGGUUCCUUCCAGACUCGGAUGGGAGAUGCCAUUGGAAUCAGUCAGGCGUCUAUGAGUCGUUGUGUUGCCAAUGUCACCGAAGCACUUGUGGAAAGGGCCUCACAGUUCAUUCGCUUUCCAGCUGAUGAAGCCUCCAUACAGGCUCUGAAGGAUGAAUUCUAUGGGUUGGCAGGGAUGCCAGGGGUGAUGGGGGUAGUUGACUGUAUCCAUGUGGCCAUCAAGGCACCAAAUGCUGAAGACCUCUCCUAUGUGAACCGAAAAGGCCUGCAUUCUUUAAACUGCCUGAUGGUGUGUGACAUUAGAGGGGCACUAAUGACCGUGGAGACAAACUGGCCAGGCAGCCUACAGGACUGUGCCGUGCUGCAGCAGUCUUCCCUCAGUAGUCAGUUUGAAGCCGGUAUGCACAAAGAUAGCUGGCUUCUGGGUGACAGUUCCUUCUUUCUUCGAACCUGGCUCAUGACCCCACUUCACAUUCCUGAAACUCCAGCAGAAUAUCGCUAUAAUAUGGCCCAUUCUGCAACUCACAGUGUGAUUGAGAAGACUUUCCGAACCCUCUGCUCCCGAUUCCGCUGCCUGGAUGGAUCCAAGGGGGCACUGCAGUACUCACCAGAGAAAUCCAGCCACAUCAUCUUGGCCUGUUGUGUUCUCCACAACAUCUCCCUGGAGCAUGGGAUGGAUGUUUGGUCCUCUCCAAUGACAGGACCCAUGGAACAGCCCCCUGAAGAAGAGUAUGAGCACAUGGAGUCCCUGGACUUAGAGGCUGACCGUAUUCGUCAGGAGUUAAUGCUCACUCAUUUUAGCUAAUAUAGAAGGUGGAGAGGAGGGAGACUUCCCAGGAGUUGUGACAGACUUUCUUCCUCAUCACCUUCUACACAGUUCCAUCAUCUAGCAUGACUGAGUAUUCAGAUACUUGUCAUAAACUGACAUUUAAUCUGUGUGUUUUGGUAAGGUUGGGGCUAUGCCGGAAUAUCUUGAUUCAUUUGCAAAUGCAUUAAACCGAAACCAAGACAGCGG